AUGGCUUCCUCAAGAGGAACCGACAAGAAACCCCCAGCAACACCAGCCCCAACCUCUAUCGUUCCCGACGCCAACACCUUCGACCCCGGCCUUCCCGCCUCCAAGACCAAGACCAGCAACACCAGCAACGACUCCGACACCCAACCCAACUGUCCCUUCUGCCACAUCUCCUCGACCUUCCCCCCAUACCCGCCCACCUCCCCUCCUACCCCUUUCCCCCCCACAACCUCCACCUCCCCCCAGCCACAAACCUUCCUCCUCCUCUCCACCCCCCUGCUGAUCGCCUUCCUCGACAUCAUGCCCCUCUCCCCCGGCCACCUUCUCCUCUGCCCGCGUCGGCACGCCGCCAAACUAACCGACGUUCUUCCCGAUGAAGCCGCCGAGCUAGGCCGUUACUUACGGAUCCUUUCGGAGGCGGUGACGCGGGCGACGGGGAUCAAAGAUUGGAACGUGGUGCAGAAUAACGGGGCGGCGGCGGCGCAGGUGGUGGAGCAUAUGCAUUUUCAUGUCAUUCCCAGACCGGGGCUGAGGGAGGCUGAGAGGUUUACGAGUACGAUGUUUGGGAGGGGGAAGAGGGAGGAUUUGGAUGAGGAGGAGGGGGAGGGGUUGGCGGAGAGGAUCAGGGGGGAGGUGAGGGAGGUGGUGAGGGAGGAGGAGGAGGCGGAGAGGAAACGGGGGUUGAGGGGGAAGUUGUAG